UGUCACUUCCCCCGCCCCCCCCCCCGGUCAUCCACCUCCGGUUCCUUAUCAGGAACACCAUCAGCUCAUCCUCCUCGCAGAUCCAAUUGGUCGCUUCUUGGGUGAAAGAGAAAGAGGAGAUGGCUUCUCCGCCGGACACAAGCAAGACCGCCAAGCUAGAGCGCUGCAACAACUACCUCCGCCGCGUCAACAGCGCCAAGAUCAUCUCUGCCUCUUCACGCCUCCUCUUUCGCGCCUCCAUCCUCGCCACCGUAGCGCUCAUCCUCCUCUUCACCCUGCACUACCCUCCCCUCCUCCUCCUUUCCCAUUACUCCGCCAACGCCGCCGCCCGCUCCAGCCACCGGAGCCUUCUCUCCUCCGAUGUCACUUACGGAGGUGCAGCCUGGGAACGGGAGGUCCGCAGCUCCGCCACGCCGCGCCGUCCCUCUGGCCUCACCGUCCUCGUCACCGGCGCUGCAGGGUUCGUCGGCACCCACUGCUCGCUCGCGUUGAAGAAGCGCGGCGACGGCGUGGUCGGCCUCGACAACUUCAAUUCCUACUACGACCCCUCGCUCAAGCGCGCCCGCCAGUCCCUCCUCUCCCGGCAUGGCGUCCUCGUGGUGGACGGCGACAUCAACGACACGCCAUUGCUCACCAAGCUCCUCGACGUCGUCCCCUUCUCCCACGUCCUCCACCUCGCCGCCCAGGCCGGCGUCCGCUACGCCAUGCGCAAUCCCCAGUCCUACGUCACCUCCAACGUCGCCGGCCUCGUCGCACUACUCGAGGUGGCUGCCAAGCACGCCGACCCCCAGCCCGCCAUCGUCUGGGCUUCCUCCUCCUCUGUCUACGGCCUCAACACCGCCACCCCCUUCUCCGAGCUCCACCGCACCGACCGGCCCGCCUCGCUGUACGCCGCGACCAAGAAAGCCGGCGAGGCCAUCGCCCACACCUACAACCACAUCUACGGCCUCUCCAUAACCGGCCUCCGCUUCUUCACCGUCUACGGGCCAUGGGGCCGCCCCGACAUGGCCUACUUCUCCUUCACCAACAACAUCCUCCGGGGCAAACCCAUCACCCUGUUCCGCGUGCAGGACGGCACCGCCGUGCAGCGCGACUUCACCUACAUCGACGACGUCGUCAAGGGCUGCCUCGGCGCGCUGGACACCGCGGAGCGGAGCACCGGCAGCGGCGGCAAGAAGCGAGGCCCCGCGCAGCUGCGCGUCUACAACCUCGGCAACACGUCGCCGGUGCCGGUGGCGAAGAUGGUGGGCAUCCUGGAGGAGCUGCUGGGGAAGAAGGCCAAGAAGCACGUGGUGACGCUGCCGCAGAACGGCGACGUGCCGUACACGCACGCCAACGUGAGCAUGGCCGAGAGGGACUUGGGCUACCGGGCGACGACCGACCUCGCCACCGGGCUGAAGAAGUUUGUGAGGUGGUACGUGGAGUACUACGACAGGAAGAGCAAAAAGGAGGCGUCGGCCUAAGGAGGGAGGGGAUCGCCACCGCACUCCAAAGUGAGUGUGUAGUAACUGUUGUGCCCGAGUUUACUAGAUUACUGUUGGAGAACUGUAGGGUUAAUAACAAUGGCAAUAAAGAUGAAGAUGGGGAAGAGAGGUAGAGGGUAAGGAUGGAAGAUGACAGUGAGGAGGAACCAGAAGGAUGAUGUCAUGUCAUGGUCCAUCUAUCUCUCUCUUUCUUCUUCCCUCACUAAAUUUGUUCAUCACAGUUUCCUUU